AUGUCAUCUGGCAUUGCGCAUUCGAAUAAAUUACAAAUUGAAAUUGAUGAAAAUUGGAAAGAAGAUGAAGAACUUGACUACGAUAAAAUAGCUGAAAUGCAAUACAUGGAUUUAUUCGUGCGAGAAGUAUUAAGAAUGUAUCGAUCCUCAGGUCGGGCAAGUACUCGACUAUGUAAUAAAGCAGCAACUGUUUGUGGACAUCAGAUUGAUGAAGGUUCUGUAAUCUUACCAGAUGUUCCUUCCAUUCAUUACAAUGUUGAUCUAUGGGGACCUGACGAUCCUAAUCUUUUCGUUCCGGAACGACACAAUAUUAAACGUCAUCCGCUUGCUUAUAUGCCAUUCGGUAUUGGACCUCGUAAUUGCGUAGGAAUGAGAUUUGCAUUGAUGGAAUUGAAAAUGUGCUUGACACGUGUGUUGCAUACAUACAAUAUUCUUCCAGGUCAAAAGCUCGAAAUAGGCAUGCAUCGACGUGAAGCAUUCAUAGUAACUCCGGAGGCGAUCUUUAUACGGCUUGAAAAAAGGGAAAACUAA